GAGCUGGUGGGGCUCUCCUCAGCAAGAUGGCUGCAUUGCUGCGCGCAAUAGUGGCAUCCUGGUGAAAUGACGCAAGCCACAGUUUACGUUCAAGUCCUCGAGGCUCAGUCAGAGCUGCUCUCCAGUCUCCAUAGCGCAGAUCCCGCCCGACACACACACACUCACACACACACACAGCCGGAAGACCGACCGGCCAUCCUCCCGUGGACCGAGCCGAACCGGUGCAACAGAGUGAGAGUGCGAUGAGGAGAGGUUUCAGAGUGUGAGGCCAUGGGCUGCACCUCGGCCAAGCAGGUGUCGGCCGUGCCCAACGACGAGGAGGGACGCGGCAAGGCCUACAGCAAUGGAGACCUCUUCACCGAUGAAUACAAGAUGAAGGGAGUGGAGGAGGUGAAGUACAUGAGAGGGGAAGAAAACCGGGUGAAUGCACGCAACCAGGAGAACCUGGAGAAGAGUAAUGUACAGUACAGGGGCAAACAGCAGAAGGAGGUCGCCACAGCAAACAAGUCCAAUAUUCACACGUCAGAGAGCCAGCAGGAAUUUUUCAGGAUGCUGGAUGAGAAGAUUGAGAAGGGGAAAGACUACUGUUCGGAGGAGGAAGAUGGGACAUAGCACAGAGGCCCCCAUAAUUCACCCCUACAGAGAGCCUCAGAGUGUAUGUGUGUGCCUGUGUGUGAACAUGUGUGUGCUUAUGUGUGACUGAGAGAAAGAGCCAAAUCAUUGUUUUAUCAAUGGGGUGUUUAUGUGACGGGGACACUUGUAUGUGUUAGUAUGGGGCGUGUGUAUGCGUGUGUGUGUGUGUUUUUGGACAUAUGGCAAAGAUAGUAUUUUAAAACGCAAGUGAAAGAGUGGGAAUAAAUGAAAGAAUGACACACUGAAAGGACACUUUCUUCAGAGUCUACAGCCCUCCUCUCUUUACCGCAUCACCCACCCCCUCACCGCCACCCCAAUACUUCAGGCCCCUGAGCGGACAGAUGGACGUGGCAGAGCGAUGAUGGGACAGACAGAUGAAAGGAGAGAGGGAGAGGUGGACGAGGAUGUGAUGAUGGAUGAGCAGACAUUGUGAUGAUCGCAGAGGAGCACUCGCAACGGUCAGGUCAGACGGUGUGAUUUCCUCAAGCGAGACAACAGAGGCUACCUUUUUGUCCAUCUGUCCCUCCGUAUCUCAUCCGUCUGUCCCACUGAAUUCUAAUAACUGACCCCUGCAACUUGGAACUUCCAAAUAUGGAGGACAGACGUCUCGGUGGGCGUGUGAAGAGACGCACAAGGGGAGAAAAAUGGAAGAUGGCGAAGGCAGAGGAGUUGCAUAACACGACCAGGAUCCAUGCUGGACUUUAGCGACCUGCCCGGGCCGCGACGGACUACGAGAGCGGACAGAGGGGGUGGGUGGGUGAGUGAGUGAGGAGAAGGAAAGGCGGAGAAUAAGAGGGGAAAAAUGUGGGAUAUUUUAAUAAGACAGAGUGUAGGGAGUGAGCUGGUGAUUUAGAAACUCUAAACUCCUCCUGCCUUCUGAAGUCAAGGACCUUUUUAUUUUUUAUUUUUUAUUCUGUUCCUCAGCCACUCAUUCAGUUAUCGUCCAUUUCUAUGAUGUUCUCUUUUCAGUUUGUUUUACUCUUGGCUUCCUUCGUAGUGUAUCUUCAUCAUCAGUGUCAUCAUCAUCACAUUGAACCGCAUCUGUGUCUCAGCCCAAUCUAUCCUCCUUCAUAUAUACCACAGCAGUACAUGGAGUCUUUUAAUCUACAUUUGGUGAAAACAAUCUUGACCUGCAUGUACAUAGAAACCAUUCAUGGGCACUCGUCGACAUAAUCAUAUUUUGAUUUCACCAGCAGACUGUCAUGAGCAUCAAUCUGAGGUGUUCUGUUGAAGCUUUGUGUUUUGUUUCAGUGGUCACACACUUGCAUACGUAACACACUCGGGCACUGAAGCAGCAAACAGGGCUGAACUCUAGAGGAGGAUUUGUGGUUGCCGUGGAGACACAGAUCUGAUCACUUUUUUUGUUUGUUUUCAUCGUUAUUGGAUACUUCCUGUUGUAUUAUUUUGAAUACUUUUUUUCUAUUAAAAAUAAAAACGCAGAAGCUCUUAA